GCCGGGGGAGCGGGCUCCAUGGAGUGUGAGUCGGUGUCGCUGCUUGCGCCCGUCACCGCUUUGCAGUUCGUGGGGGACUUCAUCCUCUCAGGUGAAGGAGCCUGCGUAUCGCUCCAUUCCUGGAACUCUCCAAAUGGCCGUGGCAGAAAACUUUGGUGCAAUGUACUACGGAAUUACCGCAUCCAUGGGAUCAAGCCAUGCCAUGGCACCACUGGGCUCACCUUGCUGGCAGUGUUCGGAGGGAAAGGGGUGGCUGUGCUGGAGCUGCGGACGCAGGAGGACGAGGAGCCAGUGCUGCGGCCGAUGGGCCCUCUGUACGAACUGCACGAUUGGAUCUGGGACCUCCGGUGGCUCCAAGCGUCAGACGCCUCAGCUGGCUGCUUUGCCCUGGCGCUUGGGCACAACUCUGUGGCUCUGUGUGACUACUGGGGACGGCACACCCUGCGUGAGGUUCACUGCGAGGAGAAGUGCAUCCUGUACUCCGCCCUCCUGCUCGGCCGGAGUUGGGAUGAGCUGGCGCUGGUCUCUGGGACCGUCUUCAACCAGCUCGUCCUGUGGCGGAUGACAGGACCGACUGAUGGGGAGGGCAGGGUGAGAGUGGACAGGCGCGUCAGUGGUCACAGCGGGGUCAUCUUCAGUAUCGAUUACCUGCCGCGGAAUGGAGUCCUCGUCUCGGCCUCGGACGACAGGAGCGUGAGGCUGUGGAAGGUGGGGAGCCUGCCUCACGCGUUGGAGGGCGGGGACGGUGGGGCCGAGUGCCUCCUGCAGCUCUACGGCCACCAGUCGCGGGUUUGGCAGGUGCGGCUGCUGCCCGACCGCGUGAUCAGUGUCGGAGAAGACUCGGCGUGCUUGGUGUGGAGCUACAAUGGGAAGGUCACCCACAGCUUCCGAGGGCACAGGGGGAGCGUGAGGGCGCUGGCGGUCAGUGAGGACGGAGAGUGGGCUGCCACGGGAGGGGCAGACUCCGGCAUCAGGCUGUGGAGGGUCGGGGAUGAGGAAGCGGAGGAGAUGACCAACACUCUGCUCUUCCUGGGCGAGGCCGAUGACCUGAGGAACCCGAGAGCUCUGUGCUUGGUUGACCCUACCCUGUUGUUGGUCCUGACGGGCACUGGGAGUGUCUACAGCUACCAUAUGGACACUGGUGAGCACGAGUGCCUUAUGCAGGACCCCAAAUACCGGUCCUAUGGCUUGCUGGUGGCUACCAGGCUCCCGGGUGGUGCUGUCCUAUGCGUCUUGGGCAACCUGGAGGGCUGCCUGAAGGCCUUCCCACUUGCCCAGCCGGAGGGGGUGGCGAUUGAGCGACAUGAGCACCGGGGCAAAGUGCACAGUCUGACCUGGGCCAGCCAGGAGGGGCAGGGGCCAGGCCAGGGCCACCUCUUCUCAUCGGGGGCUGAGGGGGAGAUGGUAUGGUGGGAGGUGGGCUGGGCUGCGGGCCGACUGAGCCUGAAGGUCAGGUGCCGCUUCCUGCUGCCUCCCUGCAGGCACAGGUGGCACACCGAUGUCACCUUCCUGCCCGGUUCCCUGUACUUGGUGUGCGGCGAUCGCCGGGGCUCGGUGCUGCUUUACUCAAUGGCGGGGUCUCCGGCGCCAGCCCACCAGCCGGUCUCAGUGCUGCCGGGCCUCCACGGGCCGUCGGGCGUCACCUCGGUGCUGUGUUAUCAGGGCCUGGUCUACAGCACUGGCCGGGAUGGUCGCUAUAGGGAGAUUCAGGUGGAUGAGGAGGGCAGGCUGGUCCUGCUAACGAGUCGGCGGCCCCCGAAGGGCGUGGAGUGGUUGGAGCAGCUAGUGCCCGCACCUGGUGGAGCCCGCCUCCUGGCUCUGGGCUUCCGUGGCAGCGACUUCCUGGCCUGGAACCUAGAGACAGAGCAGCAGCUGAUGAGGGUGACCUGCGGUGGGGGGCACCGCUCCUGGAGCUUCAGCCCCUCGGAAAGCGGGCGGCACCUCUUCGUCUACAUCAAGUCGGGUGCAGUCUAUGCCUGCCGGGUGAGGCCAAGCGCUGGGAGCACUGGGAAGUCCCUUCAGCAGCCCUUGCAUGGUCGGGAGAUCACCUGUGUCAGACUGGUGGCCAGGCCCGAGGCCCGCACCAUUGCGCUGGCUACUGGCAGUGAAGAUACCACCCUCCACAUCCUCGCCCUCGACCUGCCCUCAGGCCGGCUCACCAGGCUCACCACUGUUGGCAACCAUAUCUCCAGUGUGAGGACCUUAGCCACGGCCCCGGGCAGGGGUCGUGUCUCCUCGACCCUGCUCUUCUCUGCCGGCGGGCGAGCCGAACUGCAGUGCUUCCGCCUCCUGUUCGGGCACGAGGACACUGAUCUCUCCCUGAGGUGCCAGGUGGAGCAUUUGGGCUCCCACAGGUUGGCCGAAGAUUGGGAGCGAAGGAAGAACAGGCACAAGAUGCUGAAGAUGGACCCUGAGACCAGGUAUAUGUCCAUUGCAGUGGUUGAUAGUGGGGUGGAUCCUGGAAAGGACCCCCAUCCCUCCUGGCAUUUCCUGGGAGCAGCCUGCAGUGAUGGAGCUUUGAGAGUCUUUGUGAUCGAGGAGUGUGAGAAGAGGGUCCUGCUGCUUGCUGAAUCCUUCUACCACCAGCGGUGUGUGUUGAAACUGCAAACGUUCACGCACCAGCCAACCACCAGAGGGCGGAGGAUAUUUCUCUGCAGCGCUGCCACAGAUGGACGGAUUGCCCUUUGGGAUAUCUCAGGGAUCAUCGAGAAGGCCAAGGCUGCAGAUAUUCUCCCAGAGAGAACCCACCAACCUUGGGAUCUAGGAUCUCCCUGCCUGGUGUUCAAGGCCCAUCAGAAUGGAGUGAAUAGUCUGGACAUCAGACCUCUAGGCGAUGGAUGUUACCUCCUGGCCAGUGGCGGAGAUGACAACGCCAUUCGAGUCUGGGUGAUUUGUGUGGUGUCUGGUUACCAUAGCGAUGGUGCACCAGUUCUGAGCUCAGCCAAGCAGGGGGAGAUCACAGAUGUGGGACUGACGGGAGGCAGGAAUGGUGCAGGUCCUAUAGACUUGCAGGUGGAAGACGAGGGUUGGAACCACCUGGAAGUGACUGCAGAAGGAUGGGGCGCAGACCGCAAGGUCACACUGCAGGUUCUGAAGGGCCCUUUUGUUGAGAGUGCACACGCUGCCCAAGUCACUGGCUUGAGGAUCCUGAGCUCGCGGCUACUGGCUUCGACCUCGGUCGACCAGCGACUAACUCACUGGGCACUGAGCCGUUGCAGCCUGAGUCUGGUGCACAGUAGGUGGUGCCAGGUCGCAGAUAUCGCCGAGCUGGAAUGCUGGGAUGGAGAUCCCGCGGGAACUCGCUUCUUUGCCGUCUGCGGUGACGGGCUGCAAGUCCUGAAGAGUUGUCAGAAGGGAGAUUGUGGCUUGGACAAUGCAGAUGCUGGAAGUCUGAGAUAAAAUGCUCAAAACACUCAGCAGGUCAGGCAGUGCCUUCAGGUGGAGAAACGGUAAUGCUUUUGAGUGCUAAGACAAUAGAGACUUACCAGUGUUAAAGAAUAAAAUAAAAUCUACAGGUGCAGGACACCUGAAAUAAGAAUAAGAACAGGAAAUGCUGGAAAUACUCAGCAGGUCUGACAGCUUCUGUUAAAUAGGAACACAAGACGUCCUGCAGACGCUGGAAAUCCAGGGCAACACACAAAAUGCUGGAGGAACUCAGCAGAUCAGGCAGCGUCUAUGGAAUGAAUAUGCAGUUGACCUUUUGGGCUGAAAGCCACCUUCUGGACUGGAAAGGAAGGGGGAAGAAGCCGGAAUAAGAAGGUUGGGGGGGGUGGCGUUUGGAUGUGUAAUUGUUACAGGGUGAAAGUGGGAGAAUGGGGUUCAGAAAAAUCAGUCACGAUUGAAUGAUGGAGGGGCUAAAUGUCCUAACUUUGCUCCUAUAUCUUAUAAAUCCAUUGCUGAUUUAAUGGUUUUCUGUGGAGUGUAAGCUGCUCUGUAAUCAGUGAACUAUCUGCUGGUUACUUUAACACUCGGUUAGAAAGCUUGGACUCCUUAGAAAGCGGCGAGAAUAAAAUCGUCAGUACCAGCAGGGACUAAUAUAUGGUUUGAUUGAGCAUUGUCUGAAACCACUUCCUUGACGUUACCCUGCCUGGAGCUAAGCGCUAGAUUGCUAAAUUCCAGACGACAUUGCUGUUGGGUUCUCAGGAACUCACAGCCCUUUCCACCAUGACAAGUAAUGAUUCUCGGAGAAGAACAGAGCAACAUUGGAGACAUUGGGUUAGGUCACUGGACCCUCAGGCAGGAUUCCUGCCCAUGAUCCCCGUCACAGAUGUUCGUGGCAAUGAAUUCCACAGAAUCACCACCCUCUGGCUAAGAAAUUCUUUCUUAUCUCUGUUCUAAAUGGAUGUCACUCUAAUCUGAAGCUAUGCGCUCUGGUCCUAGACUCCUCCACUAUAGGAAACAUCCUCUUUACAUCCACUCUGUCUAGGCCUUUCAAUGAGAUCCACCCCUCAUUCUCUAAACUCCAGUGAGAACAGGGCCAGAGCCAAUUAAACCUCCUCAUAUUGUUACGUACCCUGUAACUGGGUUGCCAAACCAGCAGAAAUGGACCACUAGUUGGAGUCUGGUUUACUAGAAACUAAUAAAGUUUUAUUAAAGAAAUAAGUAACACAGUAUUCUAAUCGUAAGGAUAUAAAUGCAACAGGUUAGCAAUGAUAAAACACACAUGUACACAGAACUAGGGUAAUAGGAAUCAACCAAGCUCUAUCACAGUCUAGGGGUAAAAUGAUCAGUCUCAAGUGAUGCAGAGUUCAGUUCAGCUUAGUACAGUUCGCAGUAAUUGCUGUUGUGCUGUUGGAGAGAGAGGGAGAGAGAGAUGCAAAUUUUGAUUCAAGCAGACCUUUGAUGUUCUUUGCAGUUGGCUUUCGGGCGGACCCUUUUAUGUCUUCUCUCCGGCUGUGGUCACCGACUGUGACCCCUCCGUUCCGGAUACGACCGUUCUUCCGCGGUGAACCCGGCACCCAGGCAAGGGCGGACACACACACCAGGUUCCCGCCGAUCGUCCCUUUUCACCCUGUGAGUCUAUGGUCAGUUCCUGCGAACCGGACCUCCAAACUCCCACCAACUUGUGGGGGCACACCGCUCUUCCAGGGUCUCAUUAUCUUGUGAUCUCGUGGUGUGUGUCGUGCCUUAGCGAACCUGUUCUUUUUAUCCCCCUGCUGGGGUAUCGCCUGUCCAUCAAACUUCAAACAGUUCAGGUUCAAAGCAACUGGUCUGUCAAUAUUCUGAAUUGUGUCUCUUUUCGUUAUCUCUCUCUCCUCUCUCAUUAACAUUUUGAAUGUUUCUCCAUUGUCUCCCUUAUCUCUCUCUCAUUAGCAUCAAUCUUCUGAUAACUUGGUUUCUCAUCACAAUAUAUACACCCUUUCAGUCCCAGAAUAAUUCUCAGCCUCCUCUGGACCCUCUCGAAUUCCAGCACAUCUUUCCUUAGAUGAAGGGGCCCAAAGCUGCUCACAAUACAUCCAAGUUCAGUCUGAUCAAUGCUUUAUAAAGCUUCGGCAUCACGUCCUUGCUCUUCCAUUCUAGUCCUCUUUAGGGAAUUAUACCCAAGGACUUCCAAUUCCCUUUGCACCUCUGAUUUUUGAAAUUUCUCCCCAUUUAGAAAAUAGUCUACAUCUUUACUCAUUCUA